GAGCCCUCGCGUGUUGGGGACUGAUGGGAGACCAGAAUAAAAUCGUUUUUUCCGGGCGUAUUUUUGCUUGUUUGCGGCAUUGAUGCUGGGGGCGCGUAUCUGUCGAUGUGCCCGGAACGGCAACCGCCACGGGAUUUAUUAUGCCAGCAGCAGCAGGGUCUCUUCUGUCCAUGCGCUCCUGGGCCUGUACUCUCAUCCGGAUCGUGAGAUCUUGAGUCUGUCUUGCCGGCUCCAGACUUAUAUACUCCCUCCCCCGCCACUCAGGUCGCCCUCAAGUCACUGUCGUUUUGACGCUCUAACGACCUCCCCGUCGUUUUCCUUCGGCACCCCCGUCCUCUAUAUGGCCACAGUUGGCGUUGCGUCGGUAGCUCGCCAAUCCUCACCGCACAGACGAAGCACAAGAAUGGCUCGGACAGGCACAACGCACCACGGUUCAGCGCCGGACCCCUACUAUGGCCACGAAGAGACGGCCAAAGUGUGCGCGCAUUUCGUCACCCAUCUUUUCGCAUGCCCGGAGCAGCCCCCGGCCCAGUCGCCUUCGCAGCCGGCGCCUCGUCUCGAUUUAUUUAUCGCCUAUGCGCUGCACAGAACGAGAUUACACGAAUCCGUCACCUUCGCAGCUCUCUAUCUAUUGCAACGACUAAAAGCAAGAUUCCCCGCUGCGCGAGGCUCGUCUGGCCACCGGUUGUUUAUCUCCGCCUUUAUGCUCUCCUCCAAAGUCAUUUGCGACGACACAUACUCGAACAAGUCGUGGUCCAUCGUCGGCCAGGGCAUGUUCGCCCUUCGUGAGAUCAACCAGAUGGAACGCGAGAUGUGCAGUUACCUCGAGUGGCAACUGAACGUCGAGCCCACCGCGCUCGUCGAGUUUCAGGAGAAGGUGAAGAGGGACUUCAAGGGACCAGGUCCGUAUCCCACAUACGCUGCUCCCUCGCCAGCUCCUUCUCCCAUGCCGUCGACCACCCCGUAUAUGGGCACCGCCCGCACGCCGUCGUUCGUCAGCGGCCGUGCCCCCUCGACGUCUCCACCAAAGCCAACGCCGCGCCCCCCACCGCCAAUGGAUUCCUCGGUGCCGCUGGCGCCUCAAACGGCGGUCGCUUACCUCACGCCGCCAUCAUCCCCGGGAACUCCCUCUACCCCUGAGGCAUCACAUUCGACGUCGACAUCGCCGGCGUCGUCCGUAUCGCCCCCGACACCGCCUGGCGUCGAAGACCUCACGGCCAAGAUCGCGACACCCGCCGGAUCGAUGCCCAUGUCCAUGGAGGCGGUGUCACACAAACACCUGUCGCAGCACCGCUCGCGUGCGCAGCCGAUGCCCCAGCCGGUGCGGAGACCGUCCGCAAAAUGCGACCUGUUCGCCUUCGCGACCCCGAUCGAGUGGUAGACGCGCCCCCGCUCUAUUCUUUAUUGCGCCGAGAGUGGAGGAGGGCUCGAAGUGUAACCUCGCUUGCAUGCGAGCUUCGCGGCGAUGCCCGCCCCACACUUGUUGUCCUCUUUCCCGGCGCCGCUAAUUAUUUCCGCGUUUUCCAUCGUCGCUCUCUCGCAGGUGCUUAAUUGCUUUCCUCUUUCAUUGAUGUCUCUGUCUCGUGCUCCACCUCCACCCUCUCAUUGGAUUUUCCAUCGUCACUGAGCGCCUUGGCUUGACCGUCUCUCGUCAAGUGUUUCGCAUCGCACUUUCCCUACAUGGACCGCCGCACAAUUUUUAUACCCCACCCAUUCAAAUACCACCUUUGCAUGCGUAGUUAAUUACUGGGACUGGGGCUUUCGUUACAUCACAAGAAACAAGUAUGUCUGUAUCAUAGUAGGCAUGUGUAUAGGCUAUGGGGUUUCUAGGCUAGACGGAAUGAAUCAAAUAUUAUAAUCUGUUAAACAU